AUGUCUGCCGAAGAGGGAGGGGCGCUGGUGCGGCCCUUCAAGCUGAUCGCGCUGCUGUGCGCCUUCCUGGCCCUGGCCCUCGACGUGGCCGCCCUGCUCAGCCCGGCGUGGGUCACGUCGGAGCGGGACUCGCUCUCCCUCUGGAAGUCCUGCCGGCAGCCCCCGGAGGACGGGGAGUGCAGCUCGACCCUCCAGACGGACUGGCAAGUAGCUACUUUGGUGUUAAUCCUGACUUCAGCCACCGUCACUCUGCUAUCAUUUCUUAUGUCCCUGAUUUCCUUCUGCCUGGGGACCUACAGGAGCUAUUAUCGAGUUGCUGCCCUCCUCCUCUUUGCAGCAGUGGUUCUGCAGGUCUGCGCCUUGAUUCUGUAUCCCAUCAAAUUCAUCGACAGCAGCCUGUUGAAGAGCUACCACGAGUUCAACUGGGGGUACGGCUUGGGCUGGGGCUCUGCCAUCUUCAUGCUGGGGGCGGCCAUCUUGUACUGCCUGCGCACAGAUGUGUACGACGACGCCUACUACUGAGGCGGGCAGAGCGAGCUGCGUUUGGGUUAUUAGAUCGACAGGACCGGAUGGAUGGAGAGAG